AUGUUACCCAGGGUUUUCUGGUCAGCCUUCACAAUGUUUCACGAUAGAAUACGGUCUGUGGCUUUCAUGGCCGCCGGGAGCCUUUUCACAGCAACUGUCGCUCAGGCUGGGAAUUGCUCGUCAUCUGUCAUUCCCCAUCCAUCCAUACCUGGAGGACAGGUACUGGAUCUCUCUGCCAUUCCAGUAACGAAAUAUGCAUACGAUGACUCUACACUAGACUUCUGCAAUGUGACGGUCACAUAUACCCACCCAGGGAAAAAUGAUACCAUCCAUGCCACAGUCUGGCUCCCCUUCUCCAAUUGGAACAGCCGACUCCAAGGCUCUGGCGGAGGCGGUUUCUCCAUGAGAUCGGAAGAUGCCGUCCUCGCGGCAGCUGUGGCCCAGAACUAUACGGUCCUAGCCACGGACGGAGGCCACGACAUGAACUCGCAGAGCUCAGCAUCGUGGUCCCUGGACGCUUCAGGAAAUGUGAACAUGGCGUUACUGGAGGAUUUCGCCUACGUCGCUCUUGGCGACGCCGCGAUUAUUGGUAAACAGGUCACCACCAGUUUCUAUGGUCUUGCUCCGCGGUACUCCUACUGGAAUGGGUGCUCGACAGGCGGCAGGCAGGGUUUGAUGCUCGCACAACGAUAUCCAACCGCGUAUGACGGUAUCAUGGCCGCUGCACCGGCAAUCAAUUGGGCUAGUUUCCUGGUAGCGGAGUUCUGGCCCCAGUUUGUCAUGAAUGAGCUUGGCGCUUUCCCUCCAACUUGUGUCUCGGAUGCUAUUACGGCUGAGGCGAUUAAAGCGUGUGAUGGUAUCGAUGGGGUUGUGGACGGAGUGAUUUCUGCGCCUGACUUGUGUGAUUUUGAUCCAUUUACUACGGUUGGCGCGAGGGUAAAUUGCAGCGGAACCAGUGUGAGUAUCUCCGAGAAGGAUGCUCAAGUGGUCAACAGUACAUGGGAAGGACUCAGGUCCUCGGAGGGCUCGUUCCUAUGGUACGGACUUGACAAGGGCACGCCCCUGUCAAUGGGCGCGUCGAGCCUCGCCCGCACCGUAUGCUGGACACCGUUCAAUUGCACUGGUUCUCCGUUUGCUAUCUCGUCAGACUGGAUCCGCCGGUUUAUCUUGCAAGAUCCGUCCUUCGACCUCACCACGCUAGACCACAAAGCCCUCGAUAGGAUAUUCACCCUUUCUAAGAAAAGAUACAACGACAUAAUCGGCACCGAUAAUCCAGACCUCUCUGCUUUUAAACAGGCGGGCGGGAAGAUGAUAACCUGGCAUGGGCUCUCUGACACGUUGAUCUUCCCCAAGGGUACAGAACAGUACUACACACGGGUGGAAGAGAAGGACCCGUCCGUGCGUGACUUUUAUCGCUUCUUCAAAGCCCCGGGGGUCCAUCAUUGCUCUGGAGGUGUGGGGCCUGUACCUGUUGACCCGUUGAGCCAAGUGGUAGACUGGGUGGAGAAUGGUGUCGUGCCUGAGACUGUCGAUGCUCUGGCUGCCGAUGGUAGGAGGAGAAACUUGUGCCCUUAUCCCUUGGUUUCGGUGUAUAAGGGAGGUAAUGUUAAGGAUGCGGCGAGUUAUUGGUGUGAAGAAGGUUAUUAG